AUGUCGGCGCCGGUGACGGAGAAUGUUACAGAUGGGAGGCACCCUUCCCUGAGAAGUUCCCUGCGAAGAGACAGCAGCGGGGCCUCGUCGCUUUCGCUAAAGACCGGGUCGCUUUCGGGGUGGGAUGCGAUUCGCGCAUCGCUCUCUUCGCAGAACAAUAGAAGCCUAAGAGGCGGGUUGCCGCGUAAACAUAAGAGCAGCAAACGUCUCCGCGAGUCAUCGACGAAAGCAGUGAAAGACGCACGCGGAGGCGCGGCUGUUAAGAGCCGCAGCAGUCUCGGUUUCAGUGCGUCCGCAAUUUACUUCCUCGUGCUGGAAAGAACUUGGUGGUACUGCGCCCUUGUAAUCGCAGGCGUGUUUGCCUUGUCCUUGGGGGUUUGUGCACUACUUUGUAUGGCAGUCGGCGGCUUCCACGACCCUUUGGACUCGACCGCAACUGCACCGCUCCGUUUUGCGGCUAGCCACGUGUUGACCAUGUCUUUCGGGACAGUAACUCCCGUCACGGACGCGAGCUACGCUCUGGCGGUGACCCAGUGCUUCCUCGGCGUCCUCCUGAACGUGUUCAUGUUCACCUUCGUGAUUACCAAAUUUCAACGGCCAUUGGCCCACAUGCUCCUAGCGGACUCCGCGUGUCUCUGCACCCGAGCGGGGGAGCCUUUCAUACUGGUGCGCAUCGGCAACCUGAGGUGCAACACAUUGCAUCGCGCGGAGGUGACGCUCACUCUGCUUAGGAGGAAGAGGACGCCCGAAGGUGAGACAUUCGUAUCGAGGACAACCCUGUCGCUGCAAGAACCACCACGGACACUCACAGCGGUGGCCACGGUGGCCCAUAAAAUAUUACCCCAGGGGCCAGGAGGGGUCUUUAUGGACCUCGCGACGGGGCGAAAAACAUCAGAGGAGCUCAAGGAUCUUUUGCUGCAGUGCAUCGUCACAGCCUACGAUCCAAUCUACGACGCAGAAGUCUGCGCGGUGAAGGUGUACGGUGCUCAUGAUUUUGCAAGAGGCUGUGUGUAUGCUGAUGUCAUGAGCAUCGACGAGAAAGGCGAAGCGGUGGUCGACUUUGAGCGCAUACAUGAUGUUCUGCCCCAAAAAAUCAAAAUUUUCCCGCCGCUGAAAGACAGCUGGGAAGGUCCCGACAUGAACAGGCCAGCAAGGAUGCUUGAGGUUGUCUUCGGCGGUGGUCGUGCAUGUUACGGGAGCAAGGACGAGACGUUCCCAACUCUGGGUCCAUUGACUGCAAUGGAGCAAACGUGCAGUUAUUGCUACAAGCUCGCACUGCUUCUGAACGAGGCAGGCAUGGACUACAUCCCCUACAUCGCUAACAUCAGCCUUGGGGACGACAAGCCCGACUGGCUCGAGGCUUGCAACCCGAAAAAAGAGACACCCGUCGUGCGUCUGCAAGGCAGGACAGAAUGGAUUGCAGGUAGUGAUGUGAUCAUUUCAACGCUGGCAGAGAUAGAUGAAAGGGUCAGGGCGGUUGUUGAGAGAAGAAGGGAAGACGUCAACGAGGGGCACGAGCAGGUUGUAAAAAAGGCCCUCAUGUCUGUUCUCGGUGGAGUCAUGUUCGGUCCCACUGUGGGUCUCAAGAGAGCGGUUAAAAUUGGCGGCGUCGGAGUAAUGCUCCUUAAAAUGGUAGGGCUGGUUACCCCUGACAUUGAGAAAGAAGUCGAGGAGGAGAUGAAGAAGCAGAUGGAGCAGAAGGAGGCAGAAAGUGAGGCAUCGAGCGACGAUAUUGUCGUAGAUGUCGACAACGUGGAUGAAGGACUGAACGUCAGAUCUCUCGUGCAAACGUGCGUGUCGGAAGCAUUCGACACGAUCGAACGUCUCAUAGCGUGUAGUCACGGCGACGAAGGACGGAUGUUUCUCUGUGGCAAAGCUCCAGGGGUCAUGGACUUCGGAGCAGCAGUCGAUCUCGCAUUUUUCUUCCAACCUUCAUUUGAGGUGUUCCUCGCGAAACAUGACAUUCGAUUCAGGGCGGGGCCCAACUGCCGAGCUUGGCACGCGCGUAUGACGUCUUUACCUCACUGGCGUUCGGGUAUGGGUGCUGGUCACAGCGAUGGGAGUGCGGCAGCCAUGAAGACAAUAAUCACGAAAUUAGUGUUGUGGUCCAAGGAUCCCGGUUACCCGGAAAGGGCCGCCUCUGAGGAACUGCUGCGAUCCACCAUGCGAGAUUUCCCCCCAGCCUACAUCGAGGAUACUGGGAAAGAAGAGUUGCGUUCGGAUGACGUGGAUGUUGUCAUCGGUGGAACUGGUUUGGACUCUGCGACUGCGAAGUUGUGUGUGUAA